CAAAGAUGGAGCAGCGUGUGGCCGAUUACUUCGUGGUGGCAGGUCUCACUGACCCCUCGUCCCCCCUGGAGGAGCCCCUCCCCCGCGCCCCCCCUCCCCCCCCUCCCAUCACGGACGUGACGGUGCUGCUGCGCUCUCAGGGGGAGGAGCCUCCGCCCGGAUACACCUGUGUGGAGACCACGCCCAGCGGCCUGAGCGCAGACCUCAACAGUGGAGGACUGAUGGCUCCUCAGGUGUUUCUCUGCUACAGGAGGGGACGCGACAAACCUCCACUCACUGACCUGGGGGUGCUGUACGAGUGGAAGGAGCGUCUGAAGCCCGGCUGCGCUCUGGUCCAGACGACACCCGGAGGACGAGUCGCCAGCGUCAGCGGAAACACGCCCCAGAGGAUCUACAUCUCCUACAGACGAGCCAGCAGGGGGCAGCAGCACGGCCUCGCCCUCACCGACAUCUGCGUCAUCCAGCCCAGCAAAGGAGAAACCACCCCACACACCUACUGCAGAGUGGACCGCAACCUCAACUCCACCAUGUGGGGGACUCCAGUUUAUCUGUGCUAUAAGAAAUCUGUGGCCCAAACCAACACCCUGGCGUAUAAAGCAGGUCUGUUCUCUCGUUACCCGGAGCAGGACCACUCGUCUUUCCCCCUCCCCGAGUCGGUCCCUCUCUUCUGUUUGCCGAUGGGGGCGUGUCUGGAGGUGUGGCCCCGUGACACUCAUCCCUCGCUCCCCGUGUUCUCCACCUUUGUCCUGACCGCCGCCUCCGGAGAGAAGGUUUACGGAGCGGCGAUCCAGUUCUACGAGCCGUUCCCUGCGGAGUGUCUGAGCGAGCAGCAGCGCCUCAAACUGGGCCUGGACUCGGACCCGUGCAGUUCCCCGCGGCGUCCAGACGAGGGCGACGCGGAACCGAGGUCCCAGGGCGUCGUCCACACCACCAAGAGCGUCUGUCUGCUCUCGCACUGGCCCUUCUUCCACGCCUUCAGGAAGUUCCUCACCUUCCUCUACAGAUACUCCAUCUCCGGACCCCACGCCCUGCCCAUCGAGAAACACAUUUCUCAUUUCAUGCACAAAGUCCCGUUCCCGUCUCCUCAGAGGCCCCGGAUCCUGGUCCAGUUGUCUCCUCACGACAGUCUGAUCCUGAGUCAGCCCGUGUCCUCGCCGCUCCCGCUCAGCGGUGGCAGUGUCUCUGCUCUGCUCCUGAACCUGACUCCAGAAAAUGCCGUGACUCUUCUGGUUCUGGCUCUGACCGAACACAAGAUCCUCAUUCACUCCCUCAGACCGUCUGUGCUCACCAGCGUCACCGAAGCUCUGGCCUCUCUGCUCUUCCCGUUCCACUGGGCGUGUCCCUACGUCCCUCUGUGUCCUCUGGCUCUCGCCGAUGUCCUGAACGCCCCCUGUCCCUUCAUCGUGGGAGUGGACUCGCGUUACUUCGACCUGCACCGGCCUCCUCCCGACGUGAGCUGCGUGGACCUGGACACCAGCGCCAUCUACCACUGUGAGGAGAAGAAGGCCGUUUCCUGGAAGAUUCUCCCGAAGAAAGCCUGUAAAAACCUGCUCAACUCACUGCGCUCCCUGCACCAACAACUGCUCGACGGUGACCCCCUGCCGGGCGACGGGCUCCUGGAGUUGACCCUGUCGGACUCGUGGGAGGUGAGCGGGGGGCGGAGUCGGGCGUCUCUGGAGUUGGACGUACAGGAAGCGUUUCUGUCCUUCAUGGCGGCCAUUUUGAAAGGAUACCGCUCGUUCCUGCGUCCCAUCACCCAGGCGCCGUCCGAGAAGGCCACGGACGCCAGCUCGCUGUUCGACCUGCACGGUUUCCUUCGCAGUCGGGAGCGUUCUCAUCAGAAGUUCUUCUCUCUUCUCACUCGGACUCAGAUGUUCAGUCGUUUCAUCGAGGAGUGUUCCUUCGUCAGUGACAAAGACGCAGGACUCGCCUUUUUCGACGACUGCGUGGAGAAGCUGGAGGGGGCAGAGGAUUGUCGGUUGAUUGAAGAGGAGGUCCAGAGCAGUGAACACACGGUCUUCAUCUACCCGCCUGAGCUGAGCCCCGGCCUGGGCCCGAGCGACGAGGAGCCCCCCCUGCCCUACAGAUAUGACGGUUUUCCCGUUCUGACCCCAGAACUGUUUGAUUCUGUGGAUGGAGCCGCCCCUCGCUCUCGACCAAUCACACGCCAGAGCUGCCCCUCAAGCCCCGCCUCUCUGUUCCGGCGCACCAAACAGGAGCUCAGGUCGUGUCAGAGACUGGCGCAGCAGGACUCGGUGGUCCCUGAACUCUGGUCCAAGUGUCUGGUGCGUCUGUGUUACGGUCUGUGGUUCACCUGUUUACCCGCCUACACCAAAACCUGCCACUCUAAAGUCCGAGCGCUCCGAACGGCCUACGACCUGCUCCGGACCAUGACCAACAAGAACCUGCAGCCCCCUGACGAGGUGUGUUACCGGGUCUUGAUGCAGCUCUGUGGUCAGUACGGUCAGCCUGUUCUCGCCGUCAGAGUUUUGUUUGAGAUGAAGAAAGCCGGAGUCCUGCCCAACGCCAUCACCUACGGGUACUACAACAAGGUGGUGCUGGAGAGCACGUGGCCCUCCUCUUCUCGGGGCGGAUACUUCCUGUGGAUGAAGCUCCGGAACGUUCUUCUGGGAGUGGCUCAGUUUAAACGAGCCGUGAAGGAAAAAACUCACAACCUCAGCCCCAUCUUAGACGGCAGCAGUGACACCGAGAGCCACAGCAGUUUGGACAGUUCAGCUGAGACCAGAGACGAGCCCGGAGACGACAAGUCCAGCACAGGAGACCAGUCGGACCUGGGCUACAACUCUCUGUCCAAAGAAGAGGUCCGAAGAGGAGCCGACUGCAGCUCACUGUCCGAGUCGGAGAGUCAGGAGCGAAUCCACACAGAGGCCUUUAUAAAGAGAGGAAUCGUCCGCAACAGCGCCUCCUUUCUGCAGCCGACCGCUACUACAUCUGUCAGUGCAGAUCACAUGGCCGGCCUGUGCUUUAGUACGUCUCUGGAUGAUUUCUGUGAAGUGGAGCAGGAGCAGUGUGCUGCAGAGUGGUGUGUGCGCAGGGACAGAGCCAACAGCAGGUCCACAGUUCUGGGUCUGAACCUGAACCGAGCCGAGACCGACCCAAACAAGAUCAGGUCCAACAUGGCCGCCGACGCCAGGAUCCUCCGACUCGGAAAAGCUCAUCCUCUUCACGACGCCGAGAUCAACGAGGAAGACUCCAGCGACGACGAUGACGAGCGCCACAACUCGGACGCCAUCUUUGACCUGGAGGACAUCGACCUGGAGUCCACGGCGCGUCACAGGGCGGUCGGACGCAGCGCCAGUUACGGCGGCGUCACGGUGAAACGGACGGGAAUCGAAACGGGAAGCGACCCGCUCUCUCUCCUCGCCAAAACCACGGAGGAGCAGCGCCCCGGGACCAGCAGAGAGGAAGACGAGGAGGAGGAAGCGGGAGCUGACCGGAGACUCGCUCGGGAGAUUGAGAUGUACAUGGAGCACGUGGGCAGCCCCCGCAGGUCUCCGCUCAGAGUCCCUCGCUCGCUCACCUUUCAGCCCGACUCCGGCCCCGCCCCCCGGCUGUCUCCGCGGCAACAGAGCCCGAGCCCCGCCCCCAGCAGCAGCAGCCCGUCCCGCAGCAGCAGCCUGGUGUCCCCCCUCAGCUCGUCGUCGUCCUCCUCUUUCGCGCUGGACUCUCUGCUCACGCCCAAGCUGGACAUGUUCCGCAGCAGCGUGGUGUCGGCGUCCAGGGAGGUGGUGGACAAAGCCAGCCGCUGGUACCUGCGCCUGUCCGCCCCAGACUCCGCCCCCGACUCCGCCCCGGACGAGGACCUCCCCGGACCCGACCCGGACCGUCCACACCCGGACCAGGGGAGGGCCUCUGGGCUGAAGAACGGCCCCACGCUGCGCUCUCCGGAUCCGGUCCCCAGUCCUGGUCUCAGUCCCGCUCUCAGUCCGGGUCUGAGCCUUGGUUUGAGUCCGAGUCUGAGUCCCGGUCCGGACCCGUCUCCCAGGAGAAGUCCCGUGUGCAGUGCCACCAGAAAAUCUGCCCCCUCCAGCUCAGGAAAGCUCCUGUCUCCCCCCUGUUUCCCCGAGCGCUCGGACUCGUCCCAGUGCACGAGCAACACCAGCAUCUCCAGCCAGUACGACAUCGAGGUCCUGAUCUCCAGCUGCUCCCUGUGCACCUCCUGCAGCGCUCUGGUUUACGACGAGGAGAUCAUGUUCGGCUGGAGCGCAGACGACUCCAACCUCAACUCCACCUGCCCCUUCUGCUCCUGCCCCUUCCUCCCUUUGCUCAACGUCGAGAUCCGGGACUUCAGGGGCCCCGGGAGACUCUUCCUGAGGACCAGUGCAGAGGACCCCAGCAGCCCGUCGUUCUCCGCCUGCAGCGCUCUGAACUCGGGCACCGCGUCCCUGUCCACCCCCUGUCGCUCUGGAGCUCUGUCCUCCAGCUCCCCAGACCUGUGCUCCACUCCGGUCCCCACCAAGACCCUGCCCAGAGCGGGUGUGUCUCCGAGCAUCGCAGUUCCCUCGGACAGACACCAGAGGACGCCGUCUCCCGGUCAGAGUCUGGCCCGAAGCGUGAGCGACUACAGUGACGUCAGAGAGAGAAGACUCCGCCCCCGCGACCCCCACGACCUCCACGACCCCCGCGACCUCCACGACCUCCACGACCACCGCGACCUCCCCCUCUCCGAGAGCCUGCCCUGCCACCUCAGCCACCCCCCAGAUGAGGUGGACUGGUCCCUGCGGCGUCCGGAGCCGGUCACGGUGCCGUACCUCAGUCCUCUGGUUCUGUGGAAGGAGGUGGAGACUCUUCUGGAGCACGAGGGGGCGUCGUGUCUGAGUGAGCCGGCGCUCGUCGACCUUCACCCCAUCCUCUUCUGGAACCUGCUCUGGUUCUUCAGACGCCUGCAGCUGCCCUCGCACCUGCCCGGCCUCGUCCUCACCUCGGAGCACUGCAACAGGCACGAGCGCGCGGUUCCUCGUGAGCUCGUGUCUGAGGACAGUAAACACGUCCUGGUCCAGAUCCUGUGGGACAACCUCAAACUGCACCUGGAUCCACUGCAGCCGCUUUACCUCCUGUGGAACAACUACAAUCUGGGGUAUCCGAGUCCUGGUCCGGUCCCGGAGCAGCAGAGAUCCUUCAGUGAAGACGUCCUGCGAGGAAUCAUCCGGAACAUCCAGAAGAACGACCUCAACAGACCCAUAACCCAACUCCUGCACCUGCUCGGCCUCACGCUGGGAGUCCACAGGCAGAGGAGUGUGUACAGGGAUCUGUUGUUCUUGUGUCUUGUGGCUCUGGGCAGAGAAAACAUCGACAUCGACGCGUUCGAUCGGGAGUACAGACUGGCCUUCGCCCGCCUGAGCCCCGCCUCCCUCAAACUCACCCAGCGCUGCGACAGAGCGCCCCCUGCUGGCGUGGUGGAGUGUCGCCGUCGCUUCGGGGAGCCGUACCUCUGACCGCCGCCGCCACCGCCGCGCCCUCGGACUCUCCCGUACCUCUGACCGCCGCCGCCACCGCCGCGCCCUCGGACUCUCCCGUACCUCUGACCGCCGCCGCCAGCGACACGACGACACCCCUCCCUUUGCUCUCUGUGCUAAGUUCCUCCCCCCUUCAGAGCGUCAUCACCACAAACUCAGGACUAAACCAGGACUAAACCAGGACUGAACCAAGUCUAAACCAGGACUGAACCAAGUCUAAAUCAGGACUAAACCAGGUCCAAACUAGGUCUAAACCAGGCCCAGAACCAGGACUGAACCAGGACUAAACCAGGACUAAACCAGGCCCAGAACCAGGUCUAAACCAGGUCUAAACCAGGACUAAACCAGGACUAAACCAGGGUCAGAACUAGGACUAAACCAGGACUAAACCUCUUUAAGUGUCUGCACCGUGAGACUGGAACGUUUAUUUCUUGGUGUGUUUUUUUAUUUUAUUUUUGGUGGUAAAAGUUUAAAUUUCAAGUCCAGGACGGCGGCCGCUUUUCCUCGGGGACUUUAGGUCAGAUGCCCUUCCGCUCUCGUCGCACUGGCACAAGAAUAAAGGAGGUUUUUGCGGAGCUCGACUUGCCGUGUUUUUGUCGUGUUUUUGUCGUGUUUUUGUCAUGUUUUUUCUGGACGAUCCAAACCUCCAAAAGUCCAACUAACAGACGAGAUUUUGUUUUCUCUGGGACAGAAUUGUUUAAACUGGACUGAAGAUUCUGAGCCAGGUUCAACUUUUUCAAAUGUUUCUACAAAUUUGAUCAAAUGUCUGUAAAUAAAUCUGUAAUAAUCCAAAAAAAACAUGUGUAUUUAUUCUGGACUAAACCGGGACUAGACCAGGACUAAACCAGGACUAAACAGAACUAAACCGGGUUGAAACCCGGACUAAACUGGGCCUAAACUGGGACUAAACAGGGCCUAAACAGGACUAAACCGGGACUAAACCGGAACUUAACCGGGACUAAACUAGGACUAAACCAGGGUCAGAACUAGGACUAAACCAGGACUAAACCAGGGUCAGAACCAGGACUAAACCAGGGUCAGAACUAGGACUAAACCAGGACUAAACCAGGGUCAGAACUAGGACUAAACCAGGACUAGACCGGGACUAGACCGGGACUAAACCGGGACUAAACUGGGACUAACGGGACUAAACAGGACUAAACUGGGACUAGACCAGGACUAAACUGGGACUAAACCAGGACUAAAC